CGUACUAAUCAUGGCGCUCAACCCGGCUCUGUCUGCACUGCGCUACGGUUCUGCAUCAGAUCCACAUGUCAUCGAGCUCUACCUAGACUUUGUCUGCCCCUUUUCUGAGAAAUUAUUCUAUACGCUGUUCCAUCACGUGUUGAACGCUGACCACGGACCAAAGCCCUUCCUAAAGAAGAUUCAGUUCUUGUUUAGGAACCAGGUUCAACCAUGGCAUCCAAGUUCUACGCUUCUUCAUGAAGCAUCGCUUGCAGUAGCAGUUAUCAAUCGUCAUGCUCCUCAUGUAUGGUGGCAUGUCGCAAGUAUUUUAUUUCAGAAGUCUAAGGAAUUUUAUGAUACAGCUACUGCUCAUGAGACGCGUCAAGAGACCUACAAUCGUUUGGCAGACAUCAUCGUCCCUGAAUCAGAUGGUUCUAUAACGCGUGAGGAGUUAUUGUCCUUGCUAUCGAUUGACAAGACGGCACCUGGAAAGACUCCCACGAAUGGUGGUAAUCGCGUCACAGACUUGCUCAAGCAGCAAAUCAAACUUGGAAGGCAAACAGGCAUCCAUGUCUCACCGACUGUCUUGGUGAAUGGACUGGUGGAAGGGAAAAUCAGUAGUUCAUGGACGCCUGAGGAUUGGUGCACGUAUCUUGCAGAGUUGGUCAAAUCUGAUUGACUUGGGGUUGACAAGCUGUGAUAGAUAUGAUUCUAUGAUGCUGCUGAAUAUAUAUACGAAAGAAGAUGCUUAGCAAGUGUUGAGCAUCGAUUGAAGAGCCGAUUUUUCAGCAGAAUUGACGGAAAGGCCAUAGUAGCUCUUGACGGAAAUCCACAUCUUGGAGUAGGUGCAGUGGUAAGACGUGAGAGAUGGCUUCCACGUCUCGGGUCCUUGGUCGCCCUUGGCCUGGUUGACGUUGUCUGUCACGGCAAUGAGCUGAGGUCGGGUUCUAUUGUUAGUUUGCUGCGCUUAGGAAAGACAAGCUUACAGGUCGUUGGCAAAGUUGCGACGCUUG